AUGAGAUAUAAACAUAUCGUACUCGUCGGUGCAUCACUGAUUACAAUACUCUGCUUGCUUUCUGGACUUAUGUAUUAUUUAAAUCAAGAUAAAUGUCCCAUCGGUACCUUCCAGUGUCUCAACAGCACCACAUGCAUGCCGCAACGUAGCUGGUGCAAUGGCGUCCCGGAUUGUCCACAUAGCGACGAUGAAUCCACAGAAAAUUGUUUUGACAUGUACGGAAACUGGGAUUGGUUUAUGAAAGAAAGAAACUGGGGAAACUCAAACAAUUGCGAUACAUUUGACGCUCCAGUUAAAUGCACCUACGAUGCGUGUCGUGCAACUUGUACGAAUUUUACCGAUGUCCCUAAAAACUUGUCAUCGAAUGUAACGGCAAUUUUUCUCACCGACAAUUUGCUCACAUAUUUAUCUCGCGAUGCAUUAUCAAGAUAUCCAGAGAUACGCUUGUUAUAUCUCGAUAAUAAUAAUAUAAUCAAAUUAGAAAAAGGAGUCUUCCUUCAUCAAUCUAAGUUGUUUUGGUUAAUUCUCACAAAUAAUAGCAUCAGCGAAAUACUACCGGGACAUCUAACGGGACUAGAUAAAUUAGAAACUCUGCUACUGGAUCAAAAUAAAAUUGUGACGGCAGAUUUUUCUGACCUAAAAGACAGCACUACUACAUAUUUGAUAAACCUGAGUAAGAACAUGUUAACAACAUCCGCUUUAAAGCUGCCACGGUUAUCGGAGUUGACAGAAAUAAUAUUGGACGGAAACCACUUCGAGUCAAUAACGGAAGAUCUCUUUGCCGGAUGCCCCGCUUUAAAAUCACUGAGUAUGGAGGACAAUAGCAUAAGCAGCAUCGACGAGAACGCGUUUCGGAAUUUGCAACAACUUAUUGAGCUUAACUUGGCAUACAACAGGAUAGUCACGAUACCGUCAAACGUGUUCCAGUCCGUGAAUAAUCUGUCGAAGCUAAGUGUCGAAGAUAUAAACAUGGAUAAUAUGGAUAAAAACGCAUUCGACGUGUUUCCAAGGCUCGAUUUCGUAUAUUUCAAGAAAUUUCACUACUGCAUGACUUACGCGCCGAAGGUGCAGAAAUGUAGACCAACUAGCGAUGGUGUGUCAUCGAUGUCUCAUUUGCUGGACAAGCCUCUAUUAAGGGCUGCUGUUUGGACCAUAUCUUGUCUCACUUGUCUCGGUAAUAGCCUCGUUCUGUGGGGAAGAUUUACCGCUAAAGAUGAGAAUCGUGUUUUGAGUAUCAUUAUCCGAAAUCUCGCAGUAUCCGACAUGUUGAUGGGAAUAUACCUCUUCAUAAUCGCCAUAGAAGAUGCGAGGUUUCGCGAUAACUACAAAGAGGAAGCAAGUAUAUGGAUGUCCUCAUGGCCCUGCAUACUCUUAGGAGCGUUGGCGAUGACAUCAUCCGAGGUUUCCAUGCUUAUCCUGUCAUUUAUGUCCGUGGAGCGAUUUAUUCUGAUCGCAGCACCUUUGAAGUGUCAUCACGCCAUGACAUCUCAAGCUGCAGCCUCAUCGAUGAUCGUCAUCUGGAUCGGCGGACUUAUUAUCGCUCUUGCGCCAGUUAUCCAUUGGAGAAGCAGUACAAAAUUCUAUGGUGUCAAUGGAAUGUGUUUUCCUCUACAUAUAGACGAUCCAUAUCUAAUAGGCUGGGAAUACUCGGCCUUUAUCUUUCUGGGACUUAAUCUCAUCGGAUUGAUGAUUAUUGGUUACGUUUACAUUGCAAUGUUCACCAGCAUCUGGAGAACGCGCCGUGCCACGCCAUUGUCAGUCGGCGAUUCUGAGUUCGCCCUCAGGUUCUUCCUAAUCGUGUUGACAGACGCGGCAUGUUGGGCACCGAUUAUAGCGUUGAAAAUCCUCGCCAUGAUGAAAUAUCCCGUGCCACCUGAUUUGCACGCUUGGAUAGUGAUUUUUAUUCUGCCAGUGAAUAGUACGGUUAAUCCGCUGUUGUAUACUUUCACCACACCAAAAUUUCGUGAAAAACUCAACGAGGGUUGGUUUGGAAAAGUAUGCAGCUACAUGUCGAGGAAACAUUCCAGACAAGAUUCGCAGGAAUCAGCUACUAUCAAUAAAACGGUUAUUAAUAAGAACAUAGUACAGCCUAUCUGGAACAAAUAUGAUGAUGAUAAAAGGAAGACGGCACCUCUGCUUGACUUCGACGAUGAAAAAUCUUGA